CAACGCAUCAUGAAUCAAUUCAACAACCGCGAAUAUUACCGGCAGCGUCUUCUCACCGCGGCAUGCAGGUUGCACCUAAUGCUGGUGGCGGAGACGGAGGAUCCUCCUCCAGAGGAUACGAUGCUGCAGAAUAUCGAGCGAGCUGAAUCUUGGUGUGCUCUACUGGAGGAGCGGCACAGAGCUUCAAAUCGCAAUACAAUGCUCAACAGGGAUCCCAGCAACUUCAGAGAUCUUGGAAAGGCGCUUGAAACGGUAGCUAUGGAAGCUGCUUCGUUGAGAUCCGUUCAAAAUGAACAGCAAACGGUCAUCAACAAUCUUCAUGGUGAGCUAAGCCGGCUGAGAAGUAACAAUGCGAGCUCCUCCCAGGAAGACAGUUUGGCAAAACGCAUUCAAGAUCAACAACAAAUCGUAAUCAAUGAUCUCAAUCACGAAAACAAUCGCCUGAGAUUCCAGCUCUUUGGGUCAGCCAAUGCCAGCAACAAUCGCCGUAUGCCUUUUCCACAAAACAUCCCAAACAAUACUGGGACUUCCAAUACGCUCCAAAACAACACUCCCAACGGUGCCAUAGCGUCGAGCUCCGAUGGCAACAAUCGAUCCCGCCCCGCGCCAAAUCCUUCCGUGGAUAUCGGUAUCUUCUUCCGCCUCCCAGGUCUAAGCUCGAAAACACAUAUCAGCCAGGUUCCAAACGAUGUUGCGUCGCAAGUGAAGACAUUAUUCGAGCAGGGAUGUACGCAGCAAAUAUACGAGAGCCUAAAAAAUCCCGCAAUACUACAAAAACACAUUUCUUCAGGAGUCUGUAUUCGCUCAACUACAUGGAAUUUGCCCAAGAGCCCCGAAACAUCACUCAAGAAAGGACCUCGCGGCUGUGCUAAAUGUACAGCGCUCGGCCUACCAUGCGCUAUCAUAGCGAAGCAUGAUUCACAAGAAACAUGGGUUAUAUUGUUUCUCCCAUUGCCGAUCGAGGAGAUACAGAAAGGCAUCACGUGGCACAACUUGGCGUAUUGGGCCAAACAAUUUAUACAAGUCUGA